ACAUGUUUCAUCCAUCUCACCGAAACACAGAAAGUCGGGUUUCAUGUUUUUCUUCGACCGCACACUAUCACCUCUAGUUCCUGUUUGCUCACGGCCUCUACGAGAAUGCGUUCAACACGUGUACCAAAUCGCUGCGCUCCGCUCACUCCGCCUUCGGUUGCUUAGCUGCUGCUGGCCGCGCCAAUGAGUGCCUCGACUUGCUGUUGCUCGCACCACCAAUGACACAAUCUCUACAACUCCUGGCUCCAUUCUGUACCACCAGAAACAAGUGUUGGAUUUGUCUGGAUUUGCUUGGAUCUGCUUGCUGCUGCUUACUAGUGCUGGCUUGGCCGCAUGAACUGCUGCCAACUGGCGCCCUUACCCAUCACUCGGAAACAGAGAAACAGAAAGAUCCAUCGGGUACGCGCUCAUUGCCUAUCCAUUGGUUGCCAUCAGGAGACAACAGAGAGGAAUGGCGUUCUGGAUGUGUGUUUGUUGGCACGAAAAAGGCUGGGAUGCCCAUGAUAGUCGAGGCCAAUUCAGGGGCACACCAACCUCAAGUAUUUACAGACUUUGUUGACUUUGCUUUUUUCCUUAGCAAUCCGCUCUCCGGGCGCUUCACCCGGUAUCCAGUACGUUCUGAGAGUCGACGACUACCUAUGUCAUCUAUCUCAUCCAGUGAUGCCAAAUGGCAUACAGCCAGCAGCACAAAAAGCGCGACUGCACGCCGUGAUUGGCUUCCCCGCGUACCAUACAGUGCCAUCCCAAUGGCUCAUCGCGAUGUGAAGUCGUCCUAGUUUUGACCUAAACAUGCCCGAGCCACUUUUUCAAAACCACUCAGGCCCUCUCCUUCUCGCAGGAUUCUUUAGUCCAUCCAGGGACCGCUCAGGUGAUUGGAUUUGCUGUCACCUUACGAU